UUGUUUAUUUUUGACACAGAAACCCUAGAGUUUCUCAAAUCUCUGAUCAGUUCACAGGAGCACCCUGAGCAAAGGAUUGACAAAGAAGAACCCAAAGGUUGAGAGAAGAGGGAUAAAGAUGAACCCAGGAUAGUUUCUAGACUGGAGAAGCAGGAAGAAAUCUGUUGAAAGUGUAGAACAGAGUUUUCUUCCGAGUUUCUUUGUUGUUACGCAGUUAACAUUAACCUGAGUCUUUGUUCCUUCCUGGUAUGAAGAACACCUAAAGAAUUUUACUCCGAACCCAUCCAACCUCCAGUCUAAGUGAUAUCUAAAUAGAAUAUGGAAAAAUGGAAAACAAACAUCUAUCUCAUCCAGUAUUAAAAUCAACCCGGACCAAAUAAAUAUAAAAAUUUAGGGAGAAAACCGAACAGCUGUUUUUUUUCAGUCAAAUUUUUUUACAAAUUUCUCUAAAUACUGUGAAGAAGAACUGAAAUGAGAAUGUGGAAGCGAAUACCUAAAGUAAAAUAUUUUCUCCCAAACUAAACUGUCUCUGAAUCCUGAAACAAAGAAGGAGAGAAACAAAGCAAGUAUGGUUCGGCAGCAGAACGGGGUUGAGAUGAACGGGCAUGGACGGAAAACUAAAACUCCGGAUAUAGCUUUGGCUCCGAUCAGGAAUGGUUCCUCCUCUAGUAACGGUCAUCCCUCCUCCUCCUCCUCCACCUGGAAAAUGUCCCGAGUAUUCUCCGAGUCGGAUGAAUCAUUGAUUAACAGAAAACUGCCAAAGGAACUUCUACUUCGGAUCUUCUCCUGGUUGGAUAUAGUUGCAUUAUGCCGCUGUGCUCAGGUUUCAAAAUCCUGGAAUGUUCUAGCUCUGGAUGGGUCCAAUUGGCAGAAAGUGGAUUUCUUUGAGUUUCAGGUUGACGUUGAUAGCGGAGUAGUUGAGAAUCUAGCCCGGAGAUGCGGAGGUUUCUUGAAGAAUCUUAGUUUAUCAGGAUGCCAGGCUGUUGGUGACUCUGCUCUCUCGACGUUUGCCCAGCACUGUAAUAAUAUUGAGAAAUUAGAUUUACAAUCCUGUAAGAGGUUGACCGAUAGAACCUGCCAGUCUCUAGCCAGACAUUGUCCUAAACUUCAGGUUCUGGACAUAUCUUCGUGUCCUCCUAUAACAGACCAAAGCCUGAAAGCUCUAGGACACUCUUGUCCCAUGUUGACGAGUAUAAAUAUCUCCUGGUGUGAUCUGAUAACUGUAAACGGAGUUAGAGUUCUAACAGAGGGAUGCGCAAACCUUAAAAUAUUUAUUGCCAAGGGUUGUGUAAGCCUAGGAGAUGAAGCACUGUUUAAUAUUGCAAGAUUUUGUCCAGAAAUAGAACUCCUUAAUCUUCAAGGAUGCAGAAAUAUCCAGGACGAGGGUAUGCUCGAGAUUGCUGAAAGAUGCAGUAAACUGAAAUAUCUCUGUAUCUCUAACUGUUCUCAUGUAACUGACCAAACCUUGCUCUCCCUGGCCAUCCAUUGUCCAAACCUAGUCACGCUAGAGUGUGCAGGACUUUCUCAACUCACAGAUGCGGGGUUUCAGGCACUAGCUAGAUCUUGCCACUACCUGGAGAGAAUGGAUCUAGAAGAAUGUAUCCUGAUCACAGAUGCAUCUGUCUCCCAGUUAGCAGCAUACUGUCCAUCCUUGGAAUCCCUCUCCCUCUCCCACUGUGAGCUGAUUACAGACGACAGUAUCCGACAUCUUGGUUCCUCACCCUGCUCCAGUGAAACCCUAACCGUCCUAGAGCUUGAUAAUUGUCCUCUGAUCACGGACCAGUCCCUGGACCAUUUAAUGAACUGUCAUAAUCUACAGAGAAUAGAGUUGUAUGAUUGUCAGCUGAUUACACGCGCAGGAAUCCGUAGAUUGAGAAACCAUCUACCCAACGUCAAGGUUCACGCCUACUUUGCUCCGGUAACGCCCCCUCCCUCCUCCGGAGGAACACGGCAACGGUUUUGUAGAUGUUGUGUCCUUCUCUAAUUUUUCCUAAAUUCAUCCAUGGAUGUAUAAAUGAACAGAUCUAGUUGAAUAAGUUUUCGUUCAUUUGGUUUGGUUUGGUUCAGAUUACGUAGAUUUAAAACGAGUCUUGAGGCGAAAACGUUUUAUAUAACAAAGACACGAAACAAGAGCUGCCCUGCAAACAUUUAGUCUCCGACGAACCGAUCGCGAACAUAUAAAGUCCAUAAUGUCUAUAAAAAGGUUUCCUGAGAUGGUUACUUUGAAAGCUUUUUUUCUUCAUUGUAGACUUGAUCAAAUUAAGAAUAACUUAUUUGAUAAAAAUCUGUAUAUUUAUGCAUCACAGACCUGUAUAGCAGAUUAGCCUUCUUGAAUAUAUGAGUGGAUUAUCCACUUACAGCAAAUGUAGACGUAAUUCAACCAUCAUUCUGUAGUGUGACAUGUUAGAACAGCGGUAACCUUUAAAACGUUGUCUGAUUAUUGAAGGUGGAGAAAUCCGUGUUGUGUGUGCUAAAAAAUGUUUGCAUGAAACGGAGGUGUACACUGUACGGUGUAAGUGUAAAGUGUACACAGUACAAUGUACAAUGUAUUCAAUAUGUCUAUAUUUCUUAAGUUCGAAUGAAAAUAUCUGUUUUCUGUGACUCCUGGAAAGUAGAUGAUAAUAUCUCAUGAAAAUCAAACUUAACUUGCAUAAAUGUUAUCAACAAUGACAAGCGUUUCUGCUGAAAGGAUAAGCAGAACUCUGUCAUCCUUGAUCAGCUAAAGGUUUAAAGGGUACCGUUGUGAAUCGACCACGCCACUCUACAAAUGGGGGGUUAAUCUAAAAUUACGUCUAGAGUUUUUAAAACUUCUGAUACGCAAGUAUUUGCAUCUGAAUCCGUGUUUACGCUUUAACAAUUCUCAGUCGAUGUGUAGGGAUUAACUAUUGAACGCAUUCGUUAGACAAAUUCAUUCUUUUAUCUCAGUAAAAAAAACCCAGUAGGUCUGCAGACCGAUCCGUUAGCUAGAAAAUAGUCAUAGCUAAAAACCUGCAGGCCGAUGCAUUAUCUAAGAAUAAGCAUUAAUAAAAAGUUACAAAUCUUAAGGUGUUUUCUGAAUUAAUUGGUUCCAAGUAUUUUAAGUAUAGCAGAGUAACUAAAAAAACUAUUAAAACAAAUGACCAUUAUGCCAACUUUUUUCUUCUUUAUUUAAAAUCAAUUUUAAU